ACAGGCGGGAGUUCAAAACAAAACUGGGCUCAAAUGCUCUUCCCAUCAGCCACUCUGAGCUCGAGGCCUAAAGCGACAGUGAGGAGGACCCUGCCCAGGCUGUCCCGGGGUUAGGAGGGAGAGAGUGUUCCAGGAGGAGGUUUGAGCUGAGCUCAGGCACAGGAGUCUCUCUCUCUCUCUGUCUCUCUCUCUCUCUCUCUCUCACACACACACACACACACACACACACACACACACACACACACUCUUGCACCCAUGGGGAGCCACCCCACCCCUGGGCUCCAGAGAACCACAUCACCUGGGUACCGAUUGUCUCCCACCAGGCCGCCAACCUCUGUCUCCCCAGCUGCCCGGAUUGGCCCUAUGGUCAGCAGAGGUCUUGCUGGUGGCUGUCAGGCCCCCCAGGCUCUGAAGGCGCAGCGGGUGGCCCAGGGAGCUGCCUGCGGUGGCGGUGGCGUGCAGCAGGACCAGCUGUGGCGGGAGCUCCUGGAGGCCGAGCGUCGGGGCCAGCGGCGCUGGGUUCAGAACUGGAGUUUCCUGAAAGACUAUGACUCAAUGGGCAACAAGAAGGAGCCUGAGAAGUUGCCAGACCAUGUGCCUCUCUUUUCGGACACAGUUCCCAGUUCCACGAACCAGGUUGUGGGUAGCAGGCUGGACACGCCCCUGGGACAGACUCUCAUCCGCAUGGACUUCUUCUUCACCGAAGGAGCCCGGAAGAAGAAGCUGGAGGAUGAGAUGCAGCCCAUCUAGGAGCAAGGAGGGCUGGGCUGGCCUUCCCCAGGUCUGCAUGUAGCUGGGGCUCAGGUGAUUUUGGCUGGACUUGGCUAGACUUUCCUCCACAUUUCAGGUUAGGUUCAAGUAUUUUGUGCAUGUCUCUCAUUCUCUUGGACUGAAAGCCUCCUGGGGCAUGAUUUUCUCAUGGCACAUCACCAGGGCUCAAGGGCUCAACAGAACCGUGCAGGCACGCCGAAGGCUUCUGCAUGCAGAAAUGCUUUCUGUACUCUGCAAUGACCUGUCAUCACACCAAAACCAUCCUCACAACCAGGCCCACCCACUCUCUGCUCCUUGCCACAUCUGCCUUCUUUUCAAGAAGAUGCCUGCUUCUAACCUUCCCCAUUUCACCCACUGGGAGCCCAGGAAACCAGGACAGACGGGCAUCUGCAGUGAAAUCCCAACGCCAGCCUUUCAGCUCGUUUGGGCCAGAACAAGGGAGGGUGGAUGGGCUAGGAGGUCACAAAGAAGUGGGCACCAAGCCUGCAGUGUCAGUGCCAGCAAAAGGAAAAGGGGGUGUUACCAAUAAAGAGAUGGGCACUUGGAGACCAUGGACCAGAAGACAGCUGGGCUUCAGGAAAAGGACUGGAAUCAAGAGCCGAGAGCCGUAACGAGCCUGGAGGGACACUUGCUUCACUUUUUUUUUUCUUUUUUGAGAUGGAGUUUCACUCUUGUUGCCCAGGA